AUGAAGACAGCUAAAGUCGUCCAGCCGAAGCCUGUGCCCGAAGAAUGUGGUGUGUGGUUGGACACAGCGCAGCUCAAAGAAAAAGCCAAGCAGAAAAAAGCAGUCCGGCCCAUCUCCAAGAUGCUCAACCCACUGGCUAAAAGUAGCGGAUACAGCUUAGCGGUGUUGCUCAACUUCACGCAGACCAAGAUUGACAUGCCGAAGACCAAACAGAGCUCCAUAUUUAGCUAUUUUUCACCUACAAAUAAGCCUGGAAAACUUGGACGUGACUACGGUGAGGUUCAGAAGCAGAACGCUGAGCAGGACAUACAACGUGAUAUCCAAGAAGAAAAGAUUGAACAGAACAUCCACUUCAAAGUUAGAGAACAGCAACCUGAUUUGGAACCGAACAUCAGGAGCGGAGAUCUAGAAGAUCAACUAGAUGAGACUGAACACAACAUCCACUGCGGAUUCCAGGAAGAGCAAGCGCAUGAGAUGAACUUCAGCCAAGGAUCGUCCAUUUUUAUGAACCAAACAUUAUCGGACUUAAAUCUCAGCGAAGAGACCUUUGGGAACCAGGUGUUCGGCAAAACCUCCACUCAGAAACAUCAGGUCCUUGACUCUCCUAAUGACGACGAGAAAGAAAACAUCUUCUCCCACUCGUUUUCUCCUCUGAAAAAACGAGCCAGGCACGAAGAGGACAGCCUUGCUCAAAUGUUCACGCAGGAUUCCGACGGUUUUCAGGUCAUCGCGCAUCGAUAUUGUCGGAGUCCCUUCAAAAAACGUGGCGACUUCACUGUAAAGAAACCCUCAAAGACGUUAUUUGACGUCCAGGAAGCGCUUUUCACGCAAGACUCUCAGGGAAAUAAAGUGAUAAAACAUUGA